AUGUUUUGCCCGGAGGGUCGCGGUUUCAAGGAUUGCGUGCAACGACGUGCAGAAGCGUGCGACGGAAGACGAGCGGCUAGCGGCGGGCGGCGGCUCACGGGGGGCGGCCCGUUCCGCGGUGCAGUGGUUGGCACGCGGUGUCGAUACGCGUGCGGCAGCGGGCGCGCCGGCCGCCCGCGGGGGGCGGGCGGCGCUGGUCGCAGAGGGGAGGCGGAGACGCGGGGGGACGCACGCGCGCCGCAACACGCCAGUCCACCGCCGUCGCGUACUGAGUUGGUCGAGAAAUGGGGGCUGACGCCUGUCCUCAGGCCGAGGCAGGAAUGCCCCCGCGCCCAGGAGCAAAGCGAAGACCAAAGGUCGCUGCCGAAAUUGUGCAGUCAAGAAGAAGAGCAGGGCCGCCCACCUCAAGGCGGCGUCGUUACCUUCGAACCUAUUCAACAUGACCACGACUUUUGCGAGCGGGUCGUCAUUAAUGUCAGUGGCUUGAAGUUCGAAACUCAACUUCGAACACUUAACCAAUUUCCUGAAACACUGCUUGGAGACCCUUCAAGGAGGAUUCGAUACUUCGACCCUCUGAGGAACGAAUACUUCUUUGAUAGAAACCGGCCGUCCUUCGACGCCAUCCUCUAUUAUUACCAGAGUGGCGGUCGCCUGCGCCGCCCCGUGAAUGUCCCACUGGACGUCUUUUCCGAAGAAAUUAAGUUUUACGAGCUGGGGGAACAAGCUACCAACAAAUUCCGUGAGGAUGAAGGUUUUAUAAAGGAAGAAGAGAAACCCCUUCCAUCAAACGAACGUCAACGCAAAAUCUGGCUGUUAUUCGAGUACCCAGAGAGUUCCCAGGCCGCCCGAGUUGUUGCCAUCAUCUCCGUUUUCGUUAUCUUGCUGUCUAUCGUUAUCUUCUGCCUUGAGACUCUGCCGGAAUUCAAGCACUACAAAGUCUUCAACACCACUACCAACGGAACCAAGAUUGAAGAAGACGAAGUGCCAGAUAUUACUGAUCCUUUCUUCCUCAUAGAGACGCUUUGUAUAAUCUGGUUCACCUUUGAAUUAAUAGUGCGGUUUUUGGCUUGUCCGAACAAAUUUAACUUUUUCCGCGACGUGAUGAAUAUCAUAGACAUAAUUGCUAUAAUACCCUAUUUCAUCACUCUUGCCACCGUCGUCGCUGAAGAAGAGGAUACUUUGAACCUUCCAAGAGCUCCCGUUUCGCCUCAAGAUAAAUCUACUAACCAAGCCAUGAGUCUUGCUAUACUUCGAGUGAUUCGUCUCGUGCGGGUCUUCCGAAUUUUCAAGCUAUCUCGACACUCUAAAGGAUUACAGAUUCUUGGGCGAACGCUGAAGGCAUCCAUGAGAGAACUCGGAUUGUUGAUAUUUUUCCUCUUCAUCGGUGUGGUCCUGUUUUCAUCCGCGGUGUACUUCGCGGAAGCCGGAAGUGAGAACAGUUUCUUCAAAUCCAUACCUGAUGCGUUUUGGUGGGCGGUCGUGACAAUGACGACCGUAGGAUACGGCGACAUGACGCCUGUUGGUGUAUGGGGUAAGAUCGUGGGAUCGCUUUGCGCGAUCGCUGGAGUACUCACCAUCGCUCUACCGGUGCCGGUCAUCGUAUCUAACUUUAACUACUUCUAUCAUCGUGAGACAGACCAAGAAGAAAUGCAGUCCCAAAACUUCAAUCAUGUCACCAGCUGCCCGUACCUGCCCGGGACUAUGGGCGAACCCUACUUGAUUUCAGGACCCAUCAAAAAGUCGUCUAUCAGUGACGACUCAUCUUCGGACAUGAUGGAACUGGAAGAUCCAGCUUUAGUGACCGAUUCUCACCUGGAGAGCAACAUGCGUCGUUUGCGGGAAGAGGAACGUCUGCUUCUAGAACAGCAGGCCGCAAUGGAGGCCGCCGGAAACGUUGACGACAUCGCUGCACUCGAACACCAAGACUUGCUUCGUCUUAAUCAGCUAAAACAGCAAGAACUGCAGAAGCAACAGGCAAGAAGGGAGCGUGCGAGCGGCGUCGGCGAGGGCGGUACGGACCCGCGUAGAGGCGAACUGCGUAGACGCACCUGCAACGUGCGCGUCAACCAGCUGCAUGCGGCUGCCGGCGCGGAGGCGCUGGAGACGGACGUC